AACUGCUAGUUUACUUUCAUAUCGACGGAGCGCAGCUCAGACUCUGCCCCCCCCCCCCUCCCCCCCACGCUUAUUUACACUCCUUCAGUAUCAUUAUCGAUUCAUAAUCACUGGACGCGGCGCACGCUGCAAGUAACAGAUAUUUCGGAAUAUCCGCACUUUUUUCGAUAAUCCGCUGCUACUGAGCUCGUCGUGAUAGGUUAUAGUAUAUACACUCGCUCUCGCACAUCGGAGCCAUCAGGUAUCGGAGUCGGCUUUUUCACAAAUUAUAAUAAGUAGCCGACGCUUCUCAAGGCACAUUUCUUGGAAAUUUUGACUCGACAGAAGAGCUCGCCCUCGCUGCUGCAAAAUGUCCGUCUCAUCGGACCACGAAUUCAAUUACAUGCCGAGCAAUUGGAGCAAACGAUAUGGACCGAUGGAAUUACUGGCCCGAUACUUCAAAUUCAGCCAAGACAUUACAAGCCAAGUUCGAAGUUCAAUCGAACAUGAGCGGGAUGUGAGUUACGGGCCCUCCGAAAAAACAAAAUACGACGUCUAUGGAACCAAUCUUCCAGCCGAUGCGCCCAUCUUUCUAUUCAUCCACGGAGGGUAUUGGCUAGAAUUCAGUAAGGAUAUGUCUGGUUAUGUUGUCCCAAAUUUGGUCGCUCAUGGUAUCAAAGUUUUGGUAGCCGGCUACGACUUGUGUCCAAGUGUAACGCUAACGGACAUAGUUCAGCAAAUAAAAACUCUAACGGAAAAAGUCUUAGCUCUUGCGCAUGCCUCGGGAUCAAAAUGUGUCUGGAUCGGCGGUCACAGUGCCGGAGCGCAUCUCGCGGCGAGCCUUUUACACGACGCUGGCUGGCUCGACCUCAUGACAAGGCACGGUUAUCGAGAUUUGCUUCAAGGACUAGUCCUCAUCAGCGGUAUCUACGCACUAGAACCUUUGCUACGAACAAGUGUCAACGAAGCUGUUAAGUUAACAUCGAACGAAAUAAAUUCAUUUACAUUCGCCCCAUUGGAAAUCUCGGAUGACGUCGAUAAAACAUUAGAACCAGUACGAAACGUUAAAGUAAUCGUAACAGUAGGAGAGUGCGAUUCUCCAAUUUUCAUUGAAGAAUCUCGCCGUUAUGCACGUAGACUGACGAAAUUGGUUGACAACGUUGAAUUUUUGCUGCUCAGAGAUAAUGUUGAUCACUUUGACAUAGUAGAGAAUCUCACCAGAAGCGAAUUUCUUUUAUCUAAAAUAUUAAUAGCUAAUAUAAAGUACACUCGCUAAUUGUGCUGUACAAUCACAACGAAAAAAAUAUUUUAAAGUUUGUAAACUCAAUCGCGUUAUGUAUUCGCAUAACAAAUAAGUUACGAAGAAAAUAGUAACGAUAUUUUCGCAGUCUUACAAAUCCUA